CUCUAUCUCUCUCUCGCGCUCCUCACAUAAUACCCACGGACGCACGCGCUCGCAGCGGAUUGCCUCUGCUUCAGGGUUGUAAUGGCAGACACGGCUGUUCAGCUGACCGGAGUCAGAGAUGAGUCCAGGACACCGGUGUCCACCAGAAUGUCCUUCUCAUCACCCAGACGAGGAGCGACCGUGAGCUUCCACAACAUCAACUACAGCGUGAAGAUGAAGAGCGGCUUCCUGUGCAAGAGGAAGCUCACGCAGAAGAACAUCCUCAUCCAGCUCAAUGGUAUCAUGAGGCCGGGACUGAACGCCAUUUUAGGAGCCACUGGGAGCGGGAAAUCAUCGUUUCUCGACGUUCUGGCCGCUCGUAAGGAUCCUGCAGGUCUUUCUGGAGAGGUUCUUAUAGACGGAGAUCCACAACCUCCAAACUUCAAAUGUCUGUCUGGAUACGUAGUGCAGGAUGACGUGGUCAUGGGGACGCUGACCGUUCGUGAGAAUCUGCGUUUCUCAGCGGCUUUACGGCUCCCGAAGUCGAUCCGUCAGCGAGAAAAAGAUGAGAAGAUUGAGAGACUCAUUCAGGAGCUGGGAUUGAGCAAAGUGGCCGAUUCACGGGUAACAAACCAAACACACCUUCAUCUGACUGACUACAUGUGCAAUCAACACAGACUUCUGUUGAUGCUUAAUGACAUGAUUAAUAAUUAUUUUACCCUAAAAAUGGCGAACAGCGGUCGCACCAUCAUCUUGUCCAUCCAUCAGCCGCGGUACUCCAUCUACCGGCUGUUCGACAGCCUCACGCUGCUGGUGGGAGGAAGACUGGUGUAUCACGGCCUGGCUCAAGACGCCCUGGAUUACUUCAGUCAGAUCGGAUACACCUGUGAACCUCAUAACAAUCCUGCUGAUUUCUUCCUGGAUGUCAUCAAUGGAGACUCCACCGCCGUCGCUCUCAACAAGCUAUACAGCAAUGAGGAACUGGACCAGGAGCAGCUGAGUUCGUCUCUGAAGGGCAUCGAGGACCGUUUGGUGGAAGAAUACAAGAACAGCUCCAGCUACAAACAGACCAAAAGCGAGCUGGAGCGAAUCGUUCAGGGACAGGACUACAGCACACGACCCAAAUCCAGAACCAUCACCUACAGCACAUCCUUCUGCCACCAGUUCAACUGGGUCCUCAGGAGAACCUUCAGGAACCUCAUGCUGAACCCACAGACCUCAUUCGCUCAGAUCGGGGUGAUGAUUUUCCUGGCUCUGGUUGUUGGAGCCAUAUUUUUUGGAGUGGAGAAGAAUUCGAGCGGCAUUCAGAACAGGAUGGGCGCGCUGUUCUUCAUUACCACCAAUCAGUGCUUCAGCUCCGUUUCCUCAGCUGAACUCUUCAUCACUGAGAGGAAACUGUUUGUGCACGAGUACAUCAGCGGAUACUACAGAGUCUCGGUGUACUUCUUGUCUAAGAUCCUGUCUGACAUCCUGACUCUGCGCACCAUCCCGGCCAUCAUCUUCAGCUGCGUGGCGUACUUUAUGAUCGGACUGAAAGCAUCGGCCGAGGCCUUCUUCAUCUUCCUGUUCUCUAUCGUUCUGGUGUCGUACACAGCCACGUCCAUGACUCUGGCCAUCUCCGCUGAUCAGACGGCCGCUGGUGCUCCGAGAAGGGCGGAUGACCUAGAUGAGGCCCUGAACCAGGGACCCCCUCCCCUCAUCAUCGACGGUGAGGAGGCAUAUCAGGUUCAGGAGAUCCUAGACUCUCGGCGCCGGGGAGGAAUUCUGCAAUAUCUCGUGGACUGGGAGGGGUAUGGACCAGAGGAAAGGUCCUGGGUCGAAGCCAAGGAUAUUCUUGACCCAUCACUUACCACUGACUUCCACGGGACCCAUCCGGAUAAACCGGCCCCUCGUUCUCGCGGAAGACCCCAGCGUCGUUUGCCUUCUCACGUCAGGAGCCGCUCGCAGGGAGGGGGCUCUGUAACGAAUCCGGCCUCUGUGGUUCCCCCUGAUCGUCACCAGAGGUCGCCAUCACCCGAGUAUUGA